UUUUUGUAAACCGAGUGAAACCUGAUAAUAAAUAUCGUUCAAAGACUUUUUAAACGAAAGAUCUGUUUGGAAAUAUCUUAUUUUGAAUCUAGAAUGGCAAACACUAAGGAUACUCCGGAGCACCUACAAGCGCAGAAUAUUAUCGUCAUCCAUCCGGGGUCGCUGUACCUGCGAAUGGGACGAGCUUCGGAUGUAAAUCCUUGCCGGAUCAUGCACGCCAUCGCUCGCCGCCGGAAACCGAAUGGUCGUGCUUACAAGGACAGUUUGCUACCACCUCCGGUGGCUCAAUCGAAGGAUUCACUGCCAGAGUUUGAAGAGUGUCGAUUGCAAGUCUCGCAUACGCUGCAAUCCUGCGUACAAUCGGAUGGUCGUAGGCGAUAUGCCACUCCGCCGCAGCAAAUAUCUGCCUUUAAUAGGCGUUCCCUAGCGGAAACACUAGAUAGUGAUACUCCCGUUGAAUGGAAGGACGAACAAGUUGGUAAUACUGUGAUUGGAGAGGAAACUCUUUGGUUGAAUCCUGCGGGGGAGUUCAAUCUACACUUUCCAAUCAGGCGAGGUGAGCUAAACUUGCACAAGAAUAUUGGAGGGUCUAUGACCGGUGUCAUGAGCGAUCUGCAAGAUAUUUGGCAGUAUGUUCUUAGACAUCGAUUGAAAAUUGAUUUGAAACACUUAAAAAGCUACAAAGCGGUACUGGUUAUACCGGACAUUUACAAUAGAGCUCAUUUGAAGGAACUGACAACUCUGCUUCUCAGCAAAAUUGGUUUCGGAUGUUGCUUCCUCGUACAAGAUCAUGUGGCGGCAACUUUCGGAGCCGGACUUGGCUAUGCUUGCGUAAUUGACGUUGGCGAUCAGAAAACGUCCGUAUCCUGUGUGGAGGAUGGCAUUUCUCACCCAAAUACCCGAGUACGGUUGGACUACGGAGGUGCCGAUGUAACGCAAUCGUUCUUCUGGAUGCUACAAAAGUGUGCGUUCCCCUAUAAAGAAUGCAAUCAAAGUAACCCGCAGGAUGCUUUUCUACUCAAACAGCUGAAGGAGGAAUACGGUCACGUCAAUUUGGAUGUUUGUGGCUCGUUGGAGAGAAGCUUCACCGUGCAGCAACCGCAGCAGGCGAAGUGCAAGUACACUUUGCAAGUAGGCGACGAAGCAAUCGUUGCUCCGUUGGGACUUUUUCAUACGGAACUGUUUUCCGUUACGGGGGCGAACAAAUCGGUUCCGAUAACGCAGAAACCGUGUGCGGCCCAGCCGCAUCCGGAGGACUGCUUCGAUGCGGAAUAUUUGCGCGAAACCGGUCGCAGGGGGAAGGAAAAUCUGGAACAGACUGCAAACGAAAGCGGUAUUGGGAACGCGGAAAAUCAAGAUGACGACAUGGUCGUAGAGGAACAGGAGAAAGACGGCGGCAAAGCUAGCGAUAAGGAUUUUAUAAUGCCCGGUGGACAGGUGAUCGGGAUUGAUCAAGCUGUGCUGCAGAGCAUCGAACGUUGCCCAAAUGACGAACUGAAGCGGAAAAUGUACGGAUGCAUUCUCGUCGUCGGAGGGGGAAUGAAGUUUACUGGCAUUAGCAAUUGGUUGCAGAAUCGUGUGGCGUUGAAAAUUCCGCUAAUCUAUCGCUCAGAGCACAAUAUAGUUACCAGUUCGAAGGAUAUCGAUCAGGAAAUUACUUCCUGGAAGGGAGCUGCCAUAAUGUCCUGUCUGGAAAGUGCAACCGAACUGUGGAUUACCGAACCAGAAUGGACCCGGUAUGGACUUCGGAUACUGCGAGAAAAGGCAGUUUUUAUGUGGUAGGCCACGUUGGAAACAAUGUUUUUCUUACACGUAUGAGUAGAAAUUAAAUUAUUCUUUAGACGAUAAAA